AUGAGCUCCGUUGGGGUGUGGCUUCCUAUUUUCCUCGUGCACCGCGGCGGCGAUGAGCGGGCCACCGCCUUGCUGGCACCUGGAGCACGUGGGCGACGGCCGCACACGACGGCGACAUUUUCUACGACGAAACUGUGGUUGUCGCUUGCCAAUUUUGCUUCUGCUGGCAUGCUGCUGACGAUAGCGUUACUUCACUUUUUUCCAGAGUCAUUGGAGGUGGAGUCCGGUGCCAGCCCCGACUCGGUGGCACUGUGUAGCUGGAUGCUUCUUGGCGUCCUUAUCCCUGCCGUCCUCGAGCGAUCUAUAAAAGUUGGUGGCACCCACAGCCAUGGUGCGACGUUCGACGUCGACGAGGAGCACGCGCAUGACAGCGGCACUGGCAGCUCUGUUUCGACGUCGAAGCUUCUCAUUAUAUUGAUGUGCUUCCAUGGCAUAACGGAGGGCCUCUUGCUCGGUUUUGAAAACAAUGUUGCUGCCUUGCUCAGCGCAACGGUGCCGCUUUCAGGGCACAAGUUCUGCGACGGACUCGUAAUUGGCGUCUCAGUGGCGAAAGAGAUGUACUCUGAGGUGGAGGAAGAUCUAAUGAGCGGUGAGGGCGACGGUGAGGCGUGCAUCAAGGCCAACCGCUCCUCCAAUCGUUUCUGGCGGCGACUAAUUCAGGGCCCGGUCGGCGUGUGGCUUCUCCUUACGCCAAUCACGGUGAUUUGCGUUAUCAUGUGUGCCGCAUUGUUGAAGGGCGCGACACCAGCGGUAACGAGCGCCGGUUUCAACGCCGCGGCGCCGGCUGCGCCGUCGGUGCCCUCGACGACCACCACAACCUCAUCGGUUUCGAUUUUGGCAGCAGUGCAGGCGAUAGGGAGCGGCUCUUUCGUAUAUAUUGGCCUGACUAUCUUAUGUGGCGAGCAGCUCAAGGGCAUGGCCGCCAACACAGCGCUGCUAGCCGGUGUCGGGAUUACUGCUGCCCUGUUUUACACAACCCGAGGGUAUCACUAG